UCCGGCUGGUUGCCUCGCUACUCUUUGUCUCCCUCUGUAAACUCUGCUGGGCACUGCUGCGCGUCAAAACAUUGCGUCCCUGCAGGACUUGUCAAGGCCGGAGAGCGGAGGAAAUUUGUCUAGGAAGGAAUGCAAACGAGCUUUUAAGGAUUGGCACUGCCACCAGGAGAACGGAGGAGGUGCGACGUUUUUCUAGGAGACGUGGAGAUCAGAUUUUUUCCCCUCAAAGGUGUUCACCUCCCGACCCACCGCCCACCACGGCCCUCACCUGUGUGUUGCGGUGCUUCCCUUGUGAGCCGACCUGGGCUGGCAGUCCCUUUUUGCACCGCCCGCCAACACCGCCCAUGGUCAGGAUGACGCGCUCCAAGACCUUCCAGGCAUACCUGCCGAGCUGUCACCGAACAUACAGCUGCAUCCACUGCCGAGCUCACCUGGCCAACCACGAUGAGCUCAUCUCCAAGUCGUUCCAGGGCAGCCAGGGCAGAGCUUACCUGUUCAACUCAGUGGUGAACGUUGGGUGUGGCCCUGCAGAGGAAAGAGUUCUGCUGACGGGUCUGCACGCUGUGGCGGAUAUCUACUGUGAGAACUGCAAGACGACGCUAGGGUGGAAAUAUGAACACGCUUUUGAGAGCAGUCAGAAGUACAAAGAGGGCAAGUUCAUCAUCGAGCUGGCCCACAUGAUCAAGGACAACGGCUGGGACUGAGACAGCCAAGGGACAACCGCAUUGGAGGAUGGGGUGGAGGGGAAGGGGGUUGGGGGUUGGGAGGGGGACGUGUGCAGUGGGUGAGUGCGUGACUUUGGUUUGGCUGAUUUACCAUUAACCUCUGUAACUUACUGCCCAUCCCUCCCUUCCACACCUCUUGAUGUUCACACACGUGCUACACUCACACAGGAAUGUCCUAGACACCCGAGGUCUGACAGAGAGACAGGUCAGGACAGGCUGGAGGCAGGACAAGGUGACUUUUUGUUUGUUGUAAUGAAAAGCAAGCUCCUAAAUCUGCUCUAGCAAAUGUUCCCUCUGCGGUGGCUGCUGGGAGACAUCGUCAGUGUGUGAAAUGUUCUACUUUAAUGAUACAAACUCCAGUUGUUGCUGGAAACCCAGCCAGUAUGAGACCAGUUGGCCCCGCAUGGCGCGUUCCACUGGCCUUGGCUGCAGAGCUGAUGGGCAUUCGCUCUGUCCACAGCAUGAAUGAGCUGACCUAAGACGAUCAGAGCAAAUCCAGCUGAUUGGGACCAUGCCAGCUGGGCCAUCGAUGCGGCCCGGCACCGAGGCUUGGCUCUUGGGCCCGUAUAGCAGAGGGAUUGCCACCCGCUGGGCAGCUGAUUCAAACGGUGGGGAGGGAUGAUCCCGAUCCUGUCGUGUUGGAUCCGUUCCACGCUUUGCUAGUGAUGCCGAUCAGGACUAGCAGGAUGGGGCAAGGUUGGAACAGAUACAGCUGGACAGCCAGCUUGUCCUAAAACCUAACAGGACUUUGCCCUUGCAGCGGUCAAGCGGCUCUCCUUCCUGCAGUGCUCCAACCAAGUGUGUGUCCAAUGAUCCCCCCCACACACACACACACACACACACAUGUGCAUGACACUGUGAGCAUCUCUCUGCCGUUGUAGGUGGUGAAACCCUGCAGUGUUUAUCAGAGUAGCCAGUGAUCAGGCCCACAGAGCAGAAUAAAUCAACAGUAAACACAAACUUUGUUCGUGGUCAUGAAGGUGUGUGACCACAUGAAAACCUUUACCCGGUUUGGGUUCAUUUCAGCCUGGGAUGAGUGCUGUUUAGCUGCUGUUACUCUGAGCAUGGGGCAAUGCUAAAAAGCAAUGUAUUUAUUGUUGUUUUACUCUGUGAUCCAUCCCACUGGUUUAGCCGCUAUGCUAAGGUACAUCCAUGCUAACUUUUGUUUGCUAAGGCCAGGAUCCUACUAAAUGUGCUUUGAUCUCUCCUUCAUAGUGGAAAAUGGGUUUACUACAGCUGGCUGUAUCUAAUGAACACGUGCAUGAAAUAAAACUGACCAGUUCCGUGCGAUGUCCAGUGAGAAUUUGUGCUGUGAUACAAAAGUCAGUUUCAUUUGAGCUGAGACAAACAGGAUCCUGGUUCAGAGAAGUCAAAUUAGUCAUUCUGUUUGUCACAAAGACUGUUUCCUGCUAACAUUUCUGUAGAAGUUGGCCUGUGUGUGUGUGUUUGUGUGUGUGUGUGUGUGUGUGUGUUUGUUUGUGUGUGUGUGCGUGCGUGUGUGGCUGGCAAGCCCUCUCCAGUUACAAACACAUCCAAACGGGUGACUUUCCUGCAACUUGCAGCUCAUAAAGCCGGAGCAAAUCCAGCACAACCAAAGAACCCACCUGUCAACAAAGAAUUGACCAAAUUAAAGAUGAAUUUUAGGUUUGGGCAAAGUGUUGCUACACAAGAGGGUGUGUGUGUGUGUGUUUAGCUGUGGAUUGCCUUUACAUUAUUGUUUUGUAAACAGAUCAUAAUAUAUGCAUAUAUUCUAUUUACCCUUUUCAUCACAAGGAUUACGUUUAUGUCUGUAAAUAGUGUUUGUGUAUUGUAUUUAUCUGCAGUCUAUAUGGAUGAAUAUGAUUUAGGUCGUGUCACGCUUUCCCUCCGGUACCCUGCAUCGGCUGUACAAUACUACUUUUAUACUGAAAAUGUUCCGGUUUAAUGUUUUUUAAAAGAAGAUGCUGAUGUUGACUACAUCAUUGGAUCUUCGUCUAAUAAAAUGCACCAUAAUAUCUCCAUGGGA